AACGUUUACAUUUUAACCAGCUAGUGUUGUCUUAUAUAAGUAGAGAGUGGAGUUUGAUCCCCUGGUCAGAAAGGAGACCAACAUCCACCAUGAGAACUGCUAUAGGACCGGCCAACUGGAAUUAAACCCUGAGUCUGACUACAAGCUGACAGAAUACGCAAUCACUCCCUGAGAAUUCCAGUGACCUUUGACCCAAGUAUGGCUACCACUCAGGGGACCACCGUGCCCCCCUCCCAAUCCCCAGGUUUAGGUGUACCCACCCUGGUCACCAUAGACAUUGUGGUGCUCGUUGUCUACUUCCUCCUUGUACUGGCUGUGGGCCUCUGGUCCAUGUGGAAAACCAAGCGGAGCACAGUGGAUGGAUACUUCCUGGCAGGAAAGAGCAUGUCCUGGUGGCCGGUGGGCACCUCUCUGUUUGCCAGUAAUGUGGGUAGCGGCCACUUCAUGGGCCUGGCAGGCUCAGGAGCAGCAGCGGGCAUCAGUGCUGUGGCAUAUGAGUGGAACGGGAUGCUGAUGGUGCUGCUCUUGGGUUGGCUUUUCCUGCCCAUCUAUAUCGCUUCCGGGGUGACAACCAUGCCUGAAUACUUGCAGAAGCGAUUCGGGGGGAAGCGAAUACAAUUAUUCAUAGCUAUUUUGUAUUUAUUCAUUUACAUCUUCACAAAGAUAUCGGUGGAUAUGUAUGCUGGGGCAGUGUUUAUUCAACAGGCCCUGCAGUGGAACAUCUAUGUAGCUGUGGUGGUGCUUCUGCUCAUCACUGCUCUUUACACUGUAACAGGUGGUCUGGCUGCUGUCAUGUACACAGACGCUGCCCAGACUGGCAUCAUGUUGAUAGGAGCACUCUCCCUCAUGGGCUUCAGUUUCACUGAGGUGGGGGGCUGGAACGCCCUCCUAGAGGGGUAUGCUACGGCCAUCCCCUCUGUCCGCGACCCUAACACCACAUGUGGCAUCCCCCGGGACGACGCCUUCCACCUGUUCCGUGACCCUGUGACCUCUGACCUGCCCUGGCCGGGCAUCCUCCUGGGCAUGUCCAUACCCUCCAUGUGGUACUGGUGCUCAGACCAGGUGAUAGUGCAGCGCUCCCUGGCUGCUAAGAACCUGCUCCAUGCUAAAGGAGGCUCCCUGCUGGCUGCCUACCUCAAGAUCCUGCCCUUCUUCAUGAUGGUCCUGCCCGGCAUGAUCAGCAGAAUACUCUACCCAGACGAGGUGGCGUGUGGUGACCCUGAGGUGUGUACUGAGGUGUGUGGGAACCCAGUGGGCUGUUCAGACAUCGCCUACGCAAAACUGGUCAUGAAGCUACUGCCCUCAGGACGUCUACCCCGGGGGGUGGUAAUAGAGGGGAGGUACGUGAGGCGACGUUGGGUCCCUCUGCUGGCAAUACGAGAGCUGGGCACCCCGACACAGACAGCUCUAAGUGGAGGUCUGCGUGGUCUGAUGAUGGCGGUGAUGAUUGCUGCUCUCAUGUCCUCCCUCACCUCCAUCUUCAACAGCUCCAGCACCAUCUUCACCAUGGACCUGUGGAGGCAUGUCCGGCCCCGAGCAACUGAGUGGGAACUCAUGCUCGUGGGAAGGAUGUUUGUGCUGGUUCUGGUGGUGGUGUCAGUGCUCUGGAUCCCUGUGGUCCAGGCCAGUCAGGGAGGACAGCUGUUUAUCUACAUCCAGUCCAUCAGUACCUAUCUCCAGCCCCCUGUUUCCAUCGUCUUCCUGACUGGAUGUUUCUGGAAGAGGACCAAUGAAAAGGGGGCUUUCUGGGGCCUGUUCCUGGGCCUACUGGUGGGCGGUGUGAGGAUGGCCCUAGACUUUACCUAUCCCUCACCACUGUGUUACCAGGAGGACAGCAGGCCUGAUGUGGUGAAACAUGUCCACUACCUCUACUUCUCCACCGUGCUGUCUCUGCUCACCCUGGUGGUGGUGGUGGGGGUCAGCCUGGCCACGGAGAAACCCCGCCCAGAGCAGAUCAGCCACCUCACCUGGUUCACCAGAUUUGAUAAGGUGGAGAAGAGCAGUGGAGCUUUAGAGACAGUAGAGACUGUGACUAGUGCUACAGAGACCGAGGAGAGUGCAGAGCAGGAGAUAGAAGACAGAGAGCAGGAGAAGGCUAAUGGAGAGACACACCUCCAGAGGAAAGUCUCCUCAGAAGCCAGUGUGAGGAGCCAGUCCAGGCUGAAGGCCGCCCUCUACUGGCUGUGUGGGAUGGAGCGGCAAAAGGAGGGUGACAGCGCCCCACAACCCCCUCUUCUUCUCGACCCCGCUAGCUCUCUGGAAGAGGACCCAUGCCUGAGCCACGUGGUCGACGCCAACCUCAUCAUCUGCCUCUCCAUUGCCGUCUUUAUCAUUGGCUACUGGGCCUAGUGAGGAAUUCUCAACAGCCAAUGAUAUUGGCAGGGACAGGUGGUGCUUGGCCAUUGCUGCAGCAUCAUCGGAGAGCUGCUGAAGUGUCACAGCAAAGCUGUUAUUUAUUAUUGUAUAAUAGCAAUGUAUAGUUUUUUUAAACCCCUCCACCCCUCCUACAUUUGACAUACAUGUUACUUUCAUAUAAAGCAGUCAAUAACAAUAAUACAUUACCACACACUCUUUAAUCCCACCCCUCAGCCCCUCUCAGCCCAUCCCACCCCUCAGCCCCUCUCAGCCCAUCCCACCCCUCAGCCACUCUCAGCCCAUCCCACCCCUCA